AUGGACAAAGCACUGAAAUAUCUGUUCGGGUUCCUUGUGGUUGCCGUUAUCAUUACAGCCAUAGUUGUUCCUGUAGUUUUGCUGACAAACCAAAAUACUCCUGAUCCCCGCAGGAAAUUUACUCUACAGGAUUAUUUGAGUGAUCAGUUUCAAUACAAAUCAUACAACUUGCAGUGGAUUUCAGGACAUCAAUAUAUCCACGUCAACCAGAGUAAUGUUCUUCUCUUUGAUGUUGACAAUGGAUCACAGACCAUCGUCUUAACAAACGGAACAUUAGCCAGUUAUAACAGUUCUGAAGUAAUUUUGUCACCUGACCAGAAAUAUGCUCUUUUAAGAUACAGCUAUGAGAAGGUGUGGAGGCACUCAUACAAAGCAUCAUAUUACCUCUAUGAUUUGGAUCGCAGGUCUCUAAUAACAGGCACACAACUUCCUGCAAAUAUCCAGUACAUAACCUGGUCACCUGUUGGUCAUAAAUUGGCUUAUGUUUUAAAUAACAACAUUUACAUCAGACAAACCCCAAAUGAUCCUGAUAUACAAAUCACCCACAAUGGAGAAGAAAAUAGAAUUUUUAAUGGAUUAGCAGAUUGGGUGUAUGAAGAGGAAAUGUUUGGCACUCAUUCUGCUCUGUGGUGGUCUCCAAAUGGCAGUUUUUUAGCAUAUGCAGAGACGGAUGAUACCAAGGUUCCUGUUAUUGAGUAUUCAUUUUAUUCAGAAGAUACGCUGCAAUACCCAAAGACCAUUAGAAUCCCAUAUCCUAAGGCAGGUGCUACAAAUCCAACCAUAAGGCUCUUUAUUGUGAAUACCCAACCUCUUUCCAAUGCUACUGAAAUCGUUGCACCAGCAAGCAUAAAAUCUGGGGACCACUACUUGAGCGUUGUAACAUGGGUGACAAAUGAGAGAAUCUGUCUUCAGUGGCUCAGAAGAAUUCAGAAUUUUUCCGUUCUUGACAUAUGUGACUUCGCUAGACAAAAUGGAACAUGGCAAUGCCCACAGGAUAAGCAGCGUAUAGAAGAAAGUAAAACUGGCUGGAUAGGCAGAUCUCAGCCAUCUGAACCUUACUUCACAGCUGACGGGAUUAGCUAUUACAAAAUCAUCAGUGACACAAAAGGAUACAAACAUAUCCACCACAUUGACAGCACAGGGAAGGUGACACCAGUUACAAAUGGAACAUGGGAAGUGAUCAGCAUAGCUGCACUAACAAACAAUUUCAUAUACUUCAUCAGCAACGAAUUUGAAAAUAUGCCAGGAGGGAGAAAUCUUUAUAAAGUAGAGUUAAAAAGCGGCUACCCAAAAAAAUGCAUUAGCUGUUUUCUAAACAAAGAAAGGUGUCAAUAUUAUUCAGCAUAUUUCAGCAGAAAUGCAAGAUACUAUAAGCUGAAUUGCAAUGGUCCUGGUCUACCCUAUUUCACCUUGCUUAACAGUUCAGAUCAAGUUAUAAAGGUUCUGGAAAACAAUAUUGACUUUGAAAAUGUUCUGAAGGAUAUCCAGAUGCCCUCCAAAAUACUAAAAAAUAUUUCACUGCAUGGGGAAAAUUUCUGGUAUCAAAUGAUCUUGCCUCCCAAUUUUGCUGAGUCAAAGAAGUACCCCCUGCUCAUUGAUGUGUAUGCAGGGCCCUGCAGUCAGAAAGCGGAUGCUACCUUUAAGAUCAAUUGGGCUACAUACCUGGCGAGCUCAGAAGAUAUUAUUGUUGCUAGCUUUGAUGGCAGAGGAAGUGGCUAUCAAGGAGACAAAAUCCUACAUGCAAUAUAUCGAAGACUGGGCACCUACGAAGUUCAAGAUCAGAUUUUGGCAGCCCAGCAAUUUUCUAAAAUGAGCUUUGUUGAUGAGAAAAGAAUAGCCAUCUGGGGCUGGUCAUAUGGUGGCUAUGUGGCAUCCAUGGUGUUGGGCUCCCAAAGUGGAUAUUUCAAGUGUGGAAUAGCUGUCGCUCCAGUGUCACGGUGGCAAUAUUAUGAUUCUAUAUACACUGAACGUUACAUGGGUCUUCCCACAAAAGAGGAUAACUUACAUAAUUAUGAGAAUUCUACAGUCAUGGCUAAAGCACAAUAUUUCCGAGAAGUUGAAUAUCUCCUCAUCCAUGGAACAGCAGAUGAUAAUGUUCACUUCCAGCAAGGGGCCCAGAUCUCAAAAGCACUGGUUGAUGCAGAGGUGGAUUUCCAAGCAAUGUGGUAUACGGACAAAGAUCAUGGGAUUGGAGGUCAUGCUCACAAUCAUAUCUACACCCAUAUGAGCCAUUUUAUCAAGCAGUGUUUUGCAUUAUCAUAACACCUUUUGCAUCUCAAGCAAAUUAUGAACACUAUCCUAGUUAAUGGUCUCAUGCUUCAUUCAGCUGAGACAGUAUCAUUGAUUGCUAAAAAUACUUGAAUGAAGAAAAUUCGUAUUUUUGUUCUUUUUGCAACCCUUGUAUCCAGGGAACACAAAACCAAAGAUCUGCAGUACUUUCUCAUGCAUGGAAGACCAACUCCAUUGUCUUCUCUAUGGAAAAGUAAUUUGCACCUUUGUUAUAGACGGCGUUGACCAGUAAUUUUCCUUCUGGACAAGACAAUAAAGCAGUCAUGUGUGUGUGAACUAUAGGAUUGCAGCAUUCCUAUUUAUUCCAUUUUAUUUUGCCAAUAUGUAAAUGUUGCUGUUCUGAAACAAAAUGUGACUUGAGCUUACAUGUUCUUUGUUACAAGUUAGGGGGAAGUACUCGAAGUGCAGCUUCAUUUACAUGCAGAGUAAAAUUUUAGCAUAAAUGUGAUAAUUUAAGCAGAUAGGAUUCAGCUUUUACAUGGGAGAGGUUGAGAGUGAAAAUACCUGCUUAAAAUACCUUCUGCUGUAGCCCUCCAAGAGAGGCUUGUGCAUGACAAUCAAAAUUGGCAAAUGUCAUCCUCUCUCAUGUAAGGACAGAGCAAGAUGUGAUCUGGGAGACCUGUAAUUAAUGUUACUUGUAAUUAAAAAAUGAAAAAUCACUGGGAAAAGGGGAAGUAUAUAAUUAAAAUCACAAUUAAAAACAAAUAAAUUAAUAAACCACUGGGACAAAGGGAAGUUGGAUGAUGGGAGCACUGCUGUUUGGCCUUUCCUUUUUCUCACUCCUCCCAGUAAGUUGCUCUUCAUGUUUUAAAAUUUAAAGAUGGGAAUUCUAAAAUUAUAUGCUGUAAAAUUUCCUAAAAAUCUAGCAGCAACAUCAAUUUCUAGGGCAGUGCUUCUUACACUUUCCCCACUCACAACCCCUUUCACCCGAGAAUUUUUGACAUGACCUCAGGUAUACAAGUAUAUAAAAUAGGAAUAAAAAAUAAACAUUUGUACAUAAUAAAUGAGUAUUUGCAAGACUUGUUAAACAGGUUGAUUUUUCAUUUUGGGGAUUACAGCUAAACAUUUUCUGCAAAGUCAACCGUCAAUGCUUCACAUGGUUGCUAACAGAAUUGUGUAAAUGGGUGGCAUUCAGACAACCUUUUCUGUUGCUAAAUUUCUGUGACCCGCCACAUUGAGGGAAGAAGACCCCAUUUUUGGUUGGGACCCAUAAUUUUUUUAAAAAACCCAGUAGACUAGUCUAUACUUCUUUAUAAAAGUUGGCAACACUUGUAAAAAACAAUCGUAGAAAAGGUAUAAAAUAUAUCUUAGAAUGAGUAGCAUCUGAUAGAGGCCCCUUGGUGAUGUAGCAGGUUAAACCGUUGAGCUGCUUAACUUGCUGACCGAAAGGUCGGCGUUUCGAAUCUGGGGAGUGGGGUUAGCUCCCGCUGUUAGGCUUGGCUUCUGCAAACCUAGCAGUUCGAAAACACGUAAAUGUGAGAUUAAUAGGCACCACUUCUAUGGGAAGAUAAUGCCGCUCUAUGCAGUCAUGCUGGCCACAUGUCUACAGACAAUGCCGGCUCUUCAACUUAGAAAUGGAGAUGAGCGCCACCCCCUAGAGUCAGGCACAUCUAGACUUAAUGUCAAGGGGAAAUCUUUACCUUUACUAGCAUAUGAUGGUUUCUGUGUAUGAACUACCAUUCAUUAUAGAAAGAAAAUAAUGCUAUAUAUCCAGGUUGAAAUUACGUACUUGGUAUCCUGCAGUCAGAUCAGUGGAAUAAUUUAUGUGUUUUUGCCCAUGUCUUCACUAGUGAAUGAAGCCAGAUCCAGAGCUUGGUGAUGGCAGAACACUUUGAGAACUGAGAACAGAUAUUUAAUGUGAACCUUGCACUUGGGCUCUGACCAUUGUUUUUACAAAGGAACAAACCACUAAAAUGGAACCAUGAAUACUUUGUGUAUCUUAGGCCUCUUGUGAAUCUGAAACUUGAAGAGGGCUGCAAUUCCAGAAACCUUAUGCUAAAUAAAAUCUUUUAGUCUUUUCUUAAAAUUGAAUUAUUUGGAACUAGCAUUUCCCUAUAGUUAGGGGAGGCCCACCAGCCAUUGAUGGGUUGUGUGUCCAAGAGCCCUCCAGCAAAUUUGGGGGAGGAAAAGUAGCACUUAUCACAUGCAUCCCAUUAGACAAAAGUAAAAAUUCCUUUUUUCAGUUCCACAUGUGCAAGGACUACUGGAUGAUGGUUCUUGUGGCAAGCAGGGAGUGGAUAGGGCUGGCCCUGGGAGCCUUUGGCUGGCCUUGUGGAUGCUUCCUUCCACCAUUGCCAUUAAAGAACUUGCACUCGUGCAAACAGAAUUUUGGCCACUCUUUGCAGAUUGCUCUCUUUUCUAAGCAGUAAAACAAACCUGGAACAUGGAUUAACUUGAGUAUGAGUCAAAGCUCAUAUUUUGCUUUAAAUAAACACCCUGUUUUUCUCUUUUUUGUACAACAUAUGCAUUCUGCUGGUGCAUCACAAAGAGAAAGCAAUCAAAGAAUGUGACACCUGCGACUCUUGUGAGUUAUAUUGAUAUAGCUCAGGAGUUUAUGGUGUCUCGCUUUUCUAUUUAUGCAGUUAAAAUGUGUAUUGAAGUACCCAAUUAUGAAAUGUUAUACUACUUCGUUACCAAUGUGCCUUAUAAUAUACUAAUCGAAAUCUUGAGAUUUGGGCCCCCUUUCCCUUUGCUUAGCUUUGUACAUUCCCAGCACUUUGCCACCACAGGCUUUGAAUCUAAAUUCCAUUGUAUUCAAAGGGCAAUGUCUAUGUGAUUAGCAAAUUAUGAUGUCCUGAAAAUGUCACUGUUUAAAACAAAUUGUAAUAAAGCUGUAUUUGUGGUACCAGAA